AUGAGCUGGACUGCGAGAUUGCAGAAGUCUUUAGCGCCUGUUUUGGGAGUCAUAGCGUUGCGGAGACCAAAGCACCUCCCUCUCAAGCGCGAGCGCUUAAUUGCAUCAGGUGUCUCCUUGGUUGGCUUCUGGCCUCAGGCUACCGAGGAGGCAGGGCAGAAGGCACCACAAGCGGUGGGACAUGCAGCCGGGCACCUUGGAAGAUUAACACUGCGGCUGCCACGGGACGACACCGACGUGAGCUGCACGAGCCUCUUGUUCUCUAGGUUCGGUUCGCAGUCGCCGGCAUGCCUCCAGCGCCGCAUCGCAUAG